AUGUCGUCCAGAGCGUUAAGAAAGCUAGCCAAUGCAGAUGCUGUAACAAAUUCUGUUGAUGAGGAUGAUACCCAGCAAUGGGUUCCUAGGACUAAACAGUCUAUAUUUUCACUGGUUGACCUUGAAGAAGCUUCUGAAGAAAUAGCCUCCCCAUUAAACGAUGCUCCUACCCACGAAGAACAUCAAAGACACAAAAGUCAUGCCACUAAAAGGAACAAAAAGAAGAGGAGAAAAGGUGCCACUAACAAACCCAAUUCGGACGUGGAUGAGGACUUACUGUUGGAGCAGGCACAGCACGCGCCCCCCAUAGAACUUGAGGCUCCUAGCUCAGCCACCAACACAGAUGACUGCCUUACCGUGAACAAGAAAUUCCUUGACUACAUGGCCGAACUGCAGCGUAAAUUUGGCACCGACGCGACCGGAGGAAUGCCGAAAGGCCGUAGAGGCGCAUUCGGGCCGCUCGUGCGACCGAAGGCCAACUGGCCUCCUUUCAUCAAGUGCGGCCUCGCCAUGAAGCGGUGCGACGAAGACCCCAUUGGGAACCUGUUCGCCUUCACUCACAGCAAGGACUACAGUAGGCAGCAACGUGCCUUCUACGCUCUUCAAGAUGCUCUUGAUCCAAAUACCCUUUCGAUGGUUUUGUCGAAGGCCCCCUACCACGUGGACACUUUGCUUCAGCUGAGUGACUAUCUGAUGCACCAAGAUCAAUCAGAGGUCGGCGCAGAUCUGCUUGAGCGUGCACUCUACGCUUUCCAGUCGGCUUUCCAUCUGUCCUUCAACUUUUCCACACGUAGUUGCCGCCUGGACUACAGGGUCCAGGAGAACCGAAGUCUCUUUGUGGCUCUCUUCCGGUACAUCUUCUAUGUUGCCUCCAGAAGCUCUUAUCGGGCGGCUCUGGAGUACAGCAAGAUACUGCUUCUUCUGGAGCCGGACAAGGAUCCGAUGGCGAUAACCCUUGCACUGGACUUUUUCGCAAUUGUGACUGAGGAAUACGAGUUUCUAAUCAGCUUCUUUGAGACUUGGAAUCCCAAGCGACGCCUGAAUCUCCUCCCAAACUUCGCCUUUUCCAUGCCUCUGGUCCGGUGGCUGCAGCGAAACCGACCGCGCAAGAGAAGACCUUCUUCAGAUCUCCUUGAACCCGAGGAAAUUGACGCCAUGCUCCAAGACGCUCUGCUGAUGUUCCCUGGGUUCCUUCCACGACUGAUGAAGCAUGUCAAAGUCGGUGGAACUGACAAUCUGGCGAAGUCUGUUCUCUUCGGCAAGGAAGUCAGCACUUCAGAAAGCGAAGGCCUGGGACGCCUGCUGGACGUCUACGUGUCGCAGAUGCGCUAUCACUGGCAGGAGGCGGACGUUCUGGCCUGGCUCGAACGCAACGUUGAAGCCGUCCUGCAGCUUGUAGAGCCCGUUGUCCUGAGUGACGCCGAGUCCAGCCCCACCCACAACCCCGUGCCAGAUCACCGGCUCGAGGAAUAUUCCAAAAGAAGGAAAAGCCUGUACACCCACCCUCCACGGUGUGUUUUGCGCUACAUCUUCCUUCGAGACCUCCCCGACGUUCCACCACUCGUUCCUCCGACGUUUGCCAACCAACAAAUCUACCCGUUGGAUCCAUUCCCACCGGCGGAUUCAAUUAAUGCCUACGAUCUUGAGGCCGAGAGGAGGGAUCGCCAGAACGCGGCAGGUGGACCUGUGGGUUUCCUCAACGCCCUGUUCGCCAGCCUGUGGCCAACGGUGCCCGACCGUGCCAACGAUGUGGCGGACUUCAACGCGAUCCUCGCCGAAUUCGGCUUCCAGGUGGUGGUUGAUGAGGAGGACGGGGAGGGGGCGCAAGAAGACGAAAAUGGAGAUAUUUUUGAACAAAUCGACUAA